AUGCCUUCUUUUAACCAACUCUUUGCCGCUCUUUUGCUUUGUGCUGUCCGGAACAGCACUGCGGCUCCUGCUUGCAAGCCGCGUCCUAAAGAUGUCACGUCAGAGCCUGCUGGUUUCGGGCCUGGCGAGUUCUUUGAGUGGCCUAUUUCUACGGCCGAUCCGAACACAUUCGUUCAAGAGCCAGUAGCUACUGCCACCUUUGAUCAGGAGCCUGUAACUACUGUUGACGCCAGCACCUUGGCUCCCAUUCCCGUGGCCUCCACCGACCCAAGCACUUUUGCGCCGGAGCUUGUAAUUUCAGAGGAUCCAACCACGUCGGCUUCAAGGCCCGUUUCCACCGCAAACCCCAGCGUUUCCAACUCCAAGCCAGCGGCUACUGGUGGCACUGGCGGUACUAGCAACAGCACAGAGCCAGCUACCUUCGAGGCAAACCCCAACGUCGGCAACGGAGGAAGUGACUUUAAGGACUCUGCUCGCUUCCGUGUCUAUGGAGCAAGCUCCGCUGAAGCUAAUGAGGCCCUGGCCAUGCUCGAGGGCGCUUACGAUUGCUUCAUUGGGAAGCUCGGCUGGAGAUCGUCUGGUCUGACCUUCUAUGACAACGACGAAACUUAUUACAAAACCAACUUCUACACCGUCAACUCUCUGGACGGCGGCGCCGCAGGCCUCCAGCACUCUGACAUGGAAGCCGGAUUCGGCUACGUCGAGGUCCUCCAAGAAUAUCUUACGAAUCCCCAAAUCACAGUCCAUGAAUACGGUCAUGUCGUCCACUUCCACCAACGAACGUGGGUGAACCAGGCCAACACGGGGGCGUGGUGGGAAACCGUCGCAAACUGGUUCUCAGACACGUACAAGACUUCUGAUAUCUGCGCCGAAGCUCGAGAGAAGCAUGGUCAAUCUACGUCGCCAACAGAAAUCGACUUGCAAAGGGUCAUUGGGGAUUCGUUCCAGGUUAUCGUCGAUGGGUCCACGGAUAGUGGAAACUAUUACCAGGCCUGGCCGUUCCUAACGUACUUGACUUCCAAUCCUGAUAAUUUUGUUGGUCUUGGGCAAGAUGUGAUUCGGCAGCUCAUGGUUCAAUAUCCCGAGGACAGCAACGAAACGCCGCUCCACACACUAUCUCGCGUAUCCGAGAAUGCUACUGUUGCUGCGAUCGUUGGACGGUAUUGGGCACACAUGGCUUACCUCGAUAUCGGCCAUCCAUCCGCAAAGGAAGCCUUCCUCAGCCAGCGAGGCUCUCUCAACUUUGGUAACCUCGAAUCCCAAGGAAGUGGCUCUUACAAAGUUAAGGCGGACCGUCGACCACGCUAUAUGGGAUCCAAUAUCAUCCCCCUCACGACAUCCGGGGAUGGAAAAGUGGAAGUCAAAGUUGAGUGCGAUGCUGCCUUUACUGGAACUCUGGCUAUUCAUGAGGCUUCUUCUGGCAAGGUCCGGUACGUUUCGCUUGUUGAUGGUGCUGCUUCGGCGGCGGUUGCUUCCGGUGAAGAAGCCAGUCUCAUCGUCGCCAACACUCCCGCUGAACUUAUCAACUACGAUGGAUUUAAACUUUCUGAUGAAGUGCAGAAGGGUUUAGAUUAUACCGUGACAGUCACCGGUGCUACCGCCGGGGGAGCCUAG